GCGAACAUUUAUUUAAUUUACAUCUACUGUAUCGUCCCCUUCUUAGCACGAUGUUGGACGCCGAGAAGCAGCCCCUUCUUCCAGGCUCACCCUCCAGGCCAAAGCGCAAGUGCAUCCCUUACAGGUCAAUCGCAUUAACCACACUAGCACUUGUUACUACCACUUCCUUACUUUCCUUUACUUAUCGCUCUCCCGGUCAAAUCACAAACUUUAUAGCAAGUUCGGGCACGAACAAUCCAGCGUAUUUGGUCAAGUCACGUCAUGGUGCUGUAGCAUCAGAGCAUAGGCAAUGUUCUGACAUUGGUGUCCGGAUAUUGAAGGAGGGCGGAAAUGCGUUGGACGCUGCUAUCGCGUCUAGCUUAUGCAUCGGCGUCGUCAAUCCAUUCUCGUCAGGCAUUGGUGGAGGGGGGUUCAUGACCGUUCGGAUCCCGCCUACUACACCAAACGGCCGCUCAGAAGUCUGGUCCGUGGACUUUAGAGAAAAGGCACCUGCUGCUGCGCAUAAUAAUAUGUACAGGGAAGGAACAAACUCGUCUCGUUUCGGUGGUUUGGCUGUGGGGAUCCCGGGAGAGAUUCGCGGGUUUGAACAAGCUCAUCACAGAUGGGGCUCGUUACCUUGGAAUAAACUAUUUACCCCUAGCAUUAUGCUUGCCAAAGGGUUCAGCGUCGGUACCGAGCUUGGAAGACGUUUACCGUGGUUCUCAGAUCUCAUAUUGAAUAAUCCUGAUUGGAGGUCCAUAUUUGCACCUAAAGGCACAUUUUUGAAGGAAUAUGAAAUACUUUGUAAUACCAACCUUUCCAGGACGCUGUUGAAGAUCGCUCAUGAAGGUCCAGACGCGUUUUACAAGGGCUCGGUCGCAGACUCACUCGUUGGUAAAAUUCAAGCAACCGGGGGGAUUAUUACGCACGAAGACCUGGAGAACUACACCGUCGACGUCUAUCGGUCGUUAGAAGGUACCUACCUGGACAAGAAGAUCUACGUUCCUAGGGCACCUACCUCUGGGCCUGUUUUGCUCCACAUGCUUAAUAUCAUAGAACACUACGAUUUCUCGGAACAUAACGGAAUGAAUACCCAUAGAGUUGUAGAAGCAUUGAAAUACGGCUUUGCUGCAAGAACGAGACUCAGUGACCCCCUGUAUCGGGAUGACUUGAGCGUAAUCGAAGAAAUACCAACAAAGGCCUUCUCCGAUGCGGUCUACCUAAAUCUGACUGAUGAUCGUACUCACCCUCCCGACUACUACAAUCCACAAUUCGAUGUGAAGCUGGACCAUGGAACUCAACACGUAUCUGUUGUCGACCGACAUGGUAUGGCUGUCGCGCUUACAUCUUCAGUAAACGGCCUGUUUGGCUCUUUCGUCCUGGACCCAGGAACAGGCGUCAUUCUGAAUAACCAGAUGGACGACUUUAGUGUUCCCGGGACACCAAACAUAUUCGGACUUUGGCCAUCACCCUACAACUACCCUGAACCUUUUAAACGUCCGUUGUCUUCAACGGUACCCACCAUCAUCGAAAGGGCCUCAGACAACUCGUUCUUCGCAGCCUUGGGUGGUUCCGGGGGCUCCAUCAUCUUUGGUGCUGUGUUCCAAGUUUUGGUAAACUUGGUUCAUUGGGGUAUGGAUAUGAGUCAGGCGGUUGAAGCAGGGAGGGUGCAUGACCAGCUGUAUCCGAUGCUUACUCUUGUGGAUGAUACUUAUCCGACACAAUGGGUGAAGGCGUUGAUCAAAAGAGGGCACAACGUGACUGUCCUAGAUGUGAACCGUGUUGCUGGGGUAAUCAAUACGGUUAUGCAAGACGAAGAUGGUGUUUUAUAUGCUGCGAGCGAUUCGAGGAAAAAUGGGAUUGCGGCUGGGUUUUGAUUAAAAGAAUAGAUAUCGUACUUCCGGG